AUGGCAGAUAGAUUCCCGUCGCUAGACGACUUUGAUUCUGGUGCCCAGACCGAUAUCCAAGAUGUCGGUUCACCAUCAGCCGACGAUUUCCUUGCUCGAGAACGCGCUCUCCUUGGCGAUGACGCCACGCAGUUUACCACGGGCAACGAGUCUGCGGCCCUUGCGGAUCCCUCAUCCGACGAUCUUCUAGGAGGCGGCGCCGAAAGUGCCCAAUUCGAGAGCCAAUUCCCCGAUAUCAACACUCCCAACGAGCAAGUCGCACCUGGUGGUACUAUCACUGGUCCGUCUGUCAGUUACAACUCUGGCUUUAACGCUUAUGUCGGAGAAGAGGAGGAACCUGAAGUGAUCAAGGAGUGGCGCGAAAAGAGGGAUGCUGGUAACGCUCGACGAGCUGAGCAGUUUGCCGCCCAGAAGGCCGAGACUAUCAAGGAAGCUCAACAGAACAUUGAUGAUUUCUACGAGAACUACAACAGCAAGAAAGAGAAGAUGAUCGCGCAGACUCGAAAGGAGGCAGAAGAAUUCCUAGCCAGCCGAGACGAUACAACUUCCGGCGGUACGAGCUGGGAGCGCAUUGCUAAGCUAGUGGAUGUGAGCGGCAAAGGCCAGAAGGGCGGUGCUAGCGGUUCGGGCAAGGAGCGCUUCCGUGAACUACUGAUGAGCUUGCGCAAGGACGAGAAGGCCCCCGGAGCCGAAGGAUACUAG